ACUACAUCAUCUGCGGCGGCGGCACAGUAGGGUGUGUCCUCGCUGACUGCCUCUCUCAUGCAGGCAACAAUGUGGCCGUGAUUUAACAUGGCCCAGAAGAUUACUCAGACAUUUUCAUGAGCCCCAUUGCCGCCCCUCGGCUUCACGGCACGCCGUACGAAUACAACUUCAUGACCACACCGCAGCCCCAUGUCGGAAACCGAGCGCUCCCGAAUUUCGGAGGAAAGCUACUUUCAGGAUCCAGCGGGGUCAAUUACGGCCUAUGGACUCGAGGCCACUCUGUCGACUACGACACGUGGGCUGAGUCUGUCGGCGAUGACCGGUGGAGCUACGAGCGCAUGCUGAAGUAUUUCAAGCGAAUGGAACGCUACUACAAUCCAGAUGAGACUGUCUUCAACGCAUUGACCAAAUCUGGCGCCAAAUUCAACCCAGACAGGAACGGCGGCAAUCCGAUAGGCCUUGGAGCUUUCACAGAGAACUGGACCACAGAGGAGGGAGCCCAUAGGCAACCAGCUAGCAAAGCGUACGACUUGUCUGAGGCAAGUACAACAAAAACUGCGAAGGGUGUUGUCCUUGUUGACGGACGCAUGUUCACUGCUUCUAAAGCAGCCAUCGUCAGCUCUGGCGCCUUGAAGACACCGCAACUCCUUAUGCUCUCAGGAAUCGGCCCAGCAGAACAUCUUGCAGAGCACGGCAUUGAAUCCAUCGCCAACCUCCCAGUCGGUCAAAACCUACACGAUCACAUCUCCGCGAGUCUGUUCUGGAAGCUCCGCAACACAGAACGCGGUCUCGCUCUCGGUUCCCCAUUCUUCAACAAGCCCGAGUUCGGCCGCGGCAACCCCUUCGAAUGGCUCGUCACAUCUACCAUUCCUCCAGAAGAUCUGAAGAAAGUAAUCGCCAAGGACAGCCUGUCCCCUAACGACCCUUAUAUUCACGAGCCCAGAGGCCACGUCGAGACCAUGGUCGCAUACGCACCCAUCGCUGGCGGCGGCUCAGACUUCAAGCUCCCGUUCGACGGCACUCACAUCUCUACCCCCGUCGUCCUUCUUCUUACCGCAAGCCGGGGGACCGUCACACUGGCCAACACAGACCCGAACGUGGACCCAAUCAUCGACUCGCACUACCUCGAGACUGAAGCAGAUAAGCAGGCCAUGCGCACCGGCUUGCGUGUCGCGAUGCGCGCUAUGGAGACCGAAGACGGCCAGUCCAUGGUGGUGGGAGAGACGCCACCGCCAGGUCACAAAGCUCUUACCAGCUCUUGCAGCGAUGCGGACAUUGACGAGAGGCUUGCUAUUAUAGGGAGUAGUUUCUUCCAGAAUGCGGGCACGGCGGCGAUGGUAUGUGUGCUGCCGUUGCCGAUUGCUGCGCAUUAUCAGGCGCCGAUGUAUGCGUUUGGGGAGGCGAUGGCAGAUGUGAUCUUAGGGAAGGCGUAGGGGGGGUGGUGAGACCAUUCGAGGGCUUUGAUGAGCUACGAGUAUGAGUACUGUCUCAAUUAAUACAAAAGAC